CUGGCACUGCUUCCUCGCGAUGGAGGUACAAGUAUCUUUGAUGACUGUCAAGAGUAAUGUGAUUCUUACUUUUUGCACAAUAUCUUUCGGGCGGUCCCAGAAGCAGUCGCGGCAGAGGCAUCAUGAGCGCCGAUCGUACCCUCGCUCCUGCACUGCCCGUACCCUCCAGGGACAAGGCCGCGCGUGUCGACAGCAUCUCUUCAGGCUCAUACCAGGAGCAAAUCCACUCAGCCUCUCGUGAGACUUCCUCUGAAUCGCCGGAGCCUUCUGAUGAAAAGGCUGCAGCUGCAGCUCACCAUGGUCGUGAAGGAGUGGAUCCAAACCCGGUAUAUACAGCGGAGGAGGAGCGGAGGUUGGUGCGGAAGAUCGACCUGCUUCUGCUGCCUUCGCUGAGCAUCUUGUACCUGUUGAGCUUCCUUAGCAUCGGAGCAGCAAAGAUCGACGGUAUGGCCACCGACCUCCAUCUGGGCACUCAAUACCCCACUGCUCUCACCCUCUUCUUCGUAGGCUAUGUCCUAUUCGAGAUCCCGGGCAACUGGGGUCUCAAAUUGACCAAACCAGCCUUCUGGAUGCCCAUGACGACAGUCUGCUUCGGGGUCGUCUCACUCACGCAGGGACUAGUGCAUAACACCUCGGGACUGUUGGCAGUGAGGUUCUUCUUGGGCGUCUGUGAAGCAAGCUUGUUCCCCGGAACGGUCUUUAUAUUCUCGCAGUGGUACCUGCGAAAGGAGCGCGUCGUACGUGUGAGCUUCUUCUUCAGCGCAGCUGCUGCAGCGGGCGCAUUUGGUGGGAUCUUGGCCUACGUGAUUGGAGGGAUCUUCAUCAUCGAAGGUCUCCUCACCAUCGUCAUCGCCGGCAUUACCUUUUUCACCAUCCCCCACUACCCCUACAAGACCAACUGGUUCAACCCCCGCGAGCUCUCCAUCCUCCACCAUCGCCUUCGUCAAGAUUCCGAUGCUCUAGAGGAGGAAGGUUUUAACUGGUCCGGUGCAAAGCAAGCAUUCAAAGAUCCGCUAGUGUACGGGUUUUGUUUCCUCUUCCAUGGUGUGAGCUUCGCACUCUAUACCAUCUCCCUCUUUGCCCCCUCCAUCAUACUGGGAAUGGGAUAUACAUCUUGGCAAGCGCAACUCCUUACUACACCGCCUUACGUCUUUUCUUUCCUGGUGACAAUGCUCGUUGCCUGGACUGCAAAAAGGACAGGGAUUCGUGCACCGUACAUUCUAGGGAGUAUACUGGUGGCCAUCCUGGGGUAUAUUGUCCUCAUCACCUCUCCCACGGUAGGAGGGCAGUACACUGCUCUGUUCCUCAUCGUCGGUGGAGUCUACCCAGCGGAUGCGCUCCUCCUUGCUUGGCCUUCGGAGAAUAUCGCAGGGGCAACAAAGAGGAAUACGGCACUCGCGAUGGUCAUCUCGAUUGGAAACGUGGGCGCAAUCAUUGGGACACAGCUCUAUCGUGAGCCAUUGGGAGGGCUGAGCAACGCGGGAUAUCACGUGUCAGAAGGGCUUACGAUCCUUUGGCUCUGCAUUGGAUUGAGCGCUUGCUCCUUCCUGUGGUGGCGUAUGUCGCGCGCUAAUGCCUACCGGAAACGGAUCCUAGACGGGCAAGCGGAGGGGUCAGAAGGGUUCAGGAGUGA